AUGACCUUACCGGAAUAUUGCCAUCUUAUAAGUCAAAUUGAAAUAGAUUACUAUUCGACAUCCAAGCUUCCAAGAUGGCUCAUAUAUACAUUCAAACACCCUAGAAGUGACUCUAACCUCCAUAAAAGCACACAUGGAACAAAUGGCAAACCAGACACCGACACAUAUUCGAUUUGUAAUUCUAUCCUUCACUCGUAUGGAUAUUCACUAGAAGAUAUAAUUAAUGUGGGAAAACUUAAAUUAGAAUACGAAAAAAAUGCUGAUAAUGAAACGUCUAGUGCGUCCAAGGGUGAAGUCGUAAAGUAUAACAGUAGAAUCAAACGGAAAGCAAGCUCUAUAGAUUCAUUGGAAUCUGAAAAUGACACUAAACUUCAUGUUGAGAGACUUGUUCAAAAGUCUAUGGUUUAUUACUUCUCUCUGUUCGACGAUUACUCGCAUAAACAUGGACCAAUUAUUAGGAAUGGAGAAAUUAAAACAAAUAAAGCAGAAUGGAUAAGCAAAAACUCAUCAUAUGAAAUGAUUUGCAGUCUAAAGGACUGUUUAUCUCAAUUUAGUAAUAGUGGAAAUUCUCAAAACGAGGCUGUAUGUAUUACCAAAGAGUAUUCUGGAAUUUUCUCUAGUAAUGAUGUAUUAAUUACUAGGUCUAACGUAUCUUUUAGAGAAAUGCUGAAAAAUGAGGGAAUAACUUACUCAACAAUUUACGAUGAAGUAAUAUCUAGGUCAAAAAAUGCACACAAUUUGUUGCCCUCGGAUAUCCACGUAGAUGACUCAGAAGUUGUAAGAUUGUACCUUGCCAAUGAUUUACCUAAGAAUCUUGGUAGUUCUCAUAGUGAUACAAAAGUCCUUAUGCAAGGAAAAAUCGGUAAUGAAGAGCUAGCUAUAUCUAGGUCAUAUGUGCUAAGAUCACUGAAAUUAGGUGAAUUAGAUGAAUAUGACCUAAGUACCAUACGUAUACAAGGCAGAUCCAAUUGUCAUAAGCUUUUCAAGUGUCUGGAAAAGGAUUGCGCGAAUAUAUUGCUCAAUUUGAAGAAAAGGGAUGUAACAAAUCCUAUGGUUAAGUGCGUUAUAUCCAAUUUUCCAGUCUUAUUUUCAAAAGUUCAUGAUCUUAGGUUUAAUUUAGAACCUUCGGAUGAAACUAGUGAUAGAGUCACCUAUAAAAUUGGUAUUGGAGGUUUGAUACUUCCGUCUGUCUUGGCAAACAUUUUUAGAGUCAUAAAAAUUCUUAAUAACAGGUCAAUCAUUAAUAAGCCACGUAUAAACGUAAAAUACAACUCUUCACUUGAUGAUGAACUCUAUGAGAAAUCUUUGCGAAUAUCUGAUAAAAACAGAAUUUAUCAAAACUUUAUGCGGAAUUUCACGCAGAUAAAAAAGGAAUACCCAUAUUCAUAUAAAACCCUUAAAAAAUUUAUUCCAUUCUCUCACUUUGUUGUACACGGUGGUGAAGUUAUAAUUUCGAAUAAACAUCUAAUAUUAAAGGGUAUUACUGAUUUAAAGUCCGAAAAACUACAUUCUAGUUUAUAUGGAGGUAUUUUAUCCAUAAAGGAUGAAACUAAGGAACUUGAUGCAGAGGUGUUUUCACAGCCUCUUGAUAAUGCAGGUCAGAUUAUUUUUUUGAAAGACACACUAUAUUUAAAUUUGUCAAUUAUUAAACACGCAAUGAAACAUAUUGAUGGUGCAAGUAAUUUAGCUAAAUCUUCUACAAAGUCAUUCUUGGACGAAUCGCUCUGUAAUAUUUCAUAUACCAUGGUGAAUGAAAUAUGUGAAGCUAAUCUAUCCCUCAUUAGAUGCUACUUGGAAUUAUAUCCAGAUAUCGACUCAUCAACUGUGUCAAUAAUGACAAAAGUUACUCCCUUUAAUCUCACAAACCUGAUUUGGGUGAUAUGUUACCUGAUGCAUUGUUAUGGAAAAGUUCCAUUUUUUGAUAGAAAAUAUUACGAACAGCGAAACAUUGUCGAUGAAAAAAUUAUAUUGGACAAUCUUAAAUCACGUGUUACAUCUAAGGAAUCCAAUUUUGGCUGCAGUUUCCAUAUUGAUAAUGAUAUUUUGAGCUUCACGAAAUCGCUAGAAUAUCCCUUGGCUCAGCAAUCAUAUGUAAUUCACUUGGUUAACCAUAUCAAUUUUAACAAGGGUUUUUUUCACAAGUUUGGACUGUCGUACAGUGAUUAUUACACUAAUAAGCAGACACAAUAUGAUGGCUCCGUUUCACUUGCAUCAAUACCUGCUUUAAAUUCUAGUGAAUAUCUAAACGGUGAUACUUUGCAACAUGUUAAUACCUCCUCUUCUCCAGAUGGUAUUGCUGAAAUGUUGGAAUUAGAUAAUCUUACAAGUGGUUGGAAAACAUUUUUGGGUAAAGUUAAAGCUAAAAAUCCGGGAGAUAAUGAAAACGCUUCACAACUUAGCGAAGAAAGCACAAAGAUUACAAAUGUUAGUGACAAGGAUGAUAAUUUUCCAAAAAUAGAUACUAUGGAUUUAAACGAAAUUAAUACCGAUGAUUUUAAAAGUUAUGAUAUAGAUGCACUUAUGCAAUCAGCCAAAGUUGACUCCUCUAAUAAGGAUAUGGCUCCAUUGUACUAUAAUACAGAUGUUGAAAAUGUAAAUAGGAUAAGGGCAGGCUUUAAGUUAGUGAACAAUUCUGUCAAUGUAAAAUUUGGUGUUGUUUCCUCAGAAUCAAGACCACAUGGAAGAAUGCAUAAAUGUCUUUUCGAUUUCGAUUCAAACACAACGUUUAAUGAUAUUCACAAAAAUCCAAAUUAUAACAUAAUAAAUCAAUUUAAUGACGUAAUUAGUCAAUCGCACGAAGUAGAACUGAAACAAAAGGUGCACAUUGUUUUUAUGUUUCUCUGCACUAGUCCAAUUUCGAUAACAGAAUCAAAUUACAUUAAGCUAAUUAAAAAUGUAAUAAAUUCGAACUUGAUGGUUCUAACAUGUGAUCCGAAGAAUAUUGUUUAUGACAAUGCGAAUAUAGAUGAAAAUACAAAUAUACAAAGCUACAUUGAUAAAUUCAAAAAGGGUCAGUUUGCUAAUGUGGCAAAAGUAUUUAAAAAAAAUGGGAUUUCAUACUCCUUCAUAAUUUCUGGCGAUAAUGUUAGGGAACAAAUGAGUGAUCUAGUAAAACAUGUAGGAGUUUACACUGAUAUAAAAUUUUAUAGUAUACCAAUCCUCAGUGACUCACUUUAUUUACUAAAUGAAUCAUGUAAAGAAAAUAUUGAAAUACUGAACGAAAUAAGAAUUAAAUAUUCCAAAAUAAAUAUAUCGUAUGAAAUUGUUAGAAUAUCUUGGAUAUUUGAUUCAUAUUUUGAUGGGAUUCUGAUAUGUGAUUCAAAUGUACCAAAGAGACACAAACUUGUAUUUCACAAUAGUGAACUUGUUGAUGCUUAUCCCGUAGAAGAACUUAUUGAUGAGCAUUAUGUAAAUAUUCCCGCUUGUGUUGAAAGACCCGUCCUUGGAUUUAACAAUGAUUACAAGAACGUGACCUUCCUUUGGGGGUUUGAAAUAUAUUUGUUAUAUGAUCAGGAAAACAUUUUUGUAACUCCUAGAGAUUGUAUGUUUUAUCGCAAAUACUGUGGAAUUAACCUAAGGUUAUUAAACAGUCUCGAAAUAAUCGAGAGAGAAAUCCAAGAGACUAUACAAAAUAAGCUUUAUUCUCUUAAUAUAACGGAUUCCGAUGUAAGUAAAUUCUUCUCACACGGAAAAAUCUACACCAAUUCUUUGGUUUUAUCAGCGAAUGGAGACCGAAAAAGAGUCAAACGGAGAAGUACCUCCGCCGGAGACACACUUGACGCUUGUAUUUGUCCAUGUAUAGGAAACAUUUGCGUUUGCUUUGGGGGUUUUGAUGGGAUACCAAUCCUAGAUUUUAGAUGGUUGUACAGUACACUAAAUUCGUCAAAACCGGCUCCAAUGCGUGACUACCUAGUCUGCUGA